CUCCGUGUGCUGAAAAGAGAUGGAAAAAAAGAAGUCCAGAGUAAGCUAAAGUGAAGAAAACAAGAAAAAAAAAAAGCAGUCAGUGGAACCAAAGUGAACAGAAAAGCAACUCGGGGCAGGAUGAAUUAAAUGUGUGCGCAGUCGUGUCAUUACAAGUGGAGUAACUAAGAGUGCGUAGUGGAAUAUAUAAUUAGUGUAAAGAAGUACCAAGGAUGACCUAAGAAACGAUAUAAAGCGGAACAAUUCAGAAGAAGACCAGGGUUCCGUUGCAAAGGCACACCCCGUCACCACCUCCUUCCUGUCCGUCGCCGAUGGAGUAAAUGUCAACAUGACACUUGACGACUACGGUCAACAGUCGUUCUUCAGCAAAUGUGUCCUUCAGCGAGCGAGAACUCUCUCCAAGCUCAAGCCAGCGCCAUAUGAAGAGGUGGAAAAGUUACUUACUCUUUGUCCUGGAGAUAGCCAUGGGGGAGGAUUUCGUGUGGACCAGCGGGGCCAAGAUGCUGUGGUGGCGCUCGGGGUGUACCUCCUGGAAUCUGGCCUGCAACACCAGGCUGCUAUUGUACAGUAUCUCCUCAGAUUACUACGAGCUCUUCCCAAGGCAGUCUGGCUGGAUGAAAAGAGAAUUACUGUGAUGGACCGUAUGCCUGUAGCUGAAAGGUUCACUUUUUUAGUGACAACCCUGCUGACUGAUGUUGCUGCAAAGUGUGAAACAGUGCGAGAAGAGGUGCUCAACACACAGGUUGAGGUUCUUUCAGCCCUUACUAAUGUGAUCACCCGAGCUGCUAGGGAAGAUAGUCUUCUCUCUGCCAAUGGAAAAAUUGCAUUGUGCCGUGGUCCAGUUGCUGUCCUGCUGGGUCUGUCUCGGGCCCUUGGGCGGUCCACCUCAGGGGAUCCACUAUUCCUGAGUAUAUUUCCAAAGCCUGUCAUCCCCAUACCUGUCGCAGCAGAACCACCACAAAUGACCAAAAAGAAAAGCUUCAGCAACUACCGACCUAUUAUACCACGGUCUCUGUCCUCCACACUUCCCUCUUGCCCAGAUGCAGUAUCCCUUGUCAGUGUGGACAGUGAUAGAGAUGUUGGCCUGCGUAUGCUGGGGGGUCCAGGCAAGCGACCUUCACUCAUGUCCCAGCAAUCAGUUCCUCAUGACCCAAAGGUGUACUUCUUCCAAAAAUAUGGCUCCAGUUUUGGAGCAAACUUUCCCCAACUAACACAGUAUGAUCACACAUUGGUGUUCCCUGUGCAGCAUUUACAGACUGUACUUGCUAAUGCAAAAAAGCUUUUAGCCAAAGAAGUAUUGUCAGUCUUAGAUGGUGUGGCCACAGAAGUAUUUGCAUCUCGUCAGGUAAAAAUGUUCCCGUAUUGUACCUUACGGGAAACUUUGAAUUUGGUGAUGGUCACACUUCUAAGAGAACUCUUGGCUUAUCAGAAAGAUCUUCCUAUACCAUUCACUAGAGAUGUGCAAGACUUUGUGAAAGGUCUCUUCCUUUCUGGCCAGACGGAAUUAGCAGUACAGCAAAAUGAAACAGGAGUAAAGAGUGAUUCAAACAAGAAAGUUUCAUCUAUAAAUCCAUACAGAAUCAAUGUUCAAGCAAAUGCUGCCUGCAUAGAUCUCUUGGUAUGGGCUAGUGCUGAUGAAUCUGAGGCAGAAAGUCUGUGCAACAGGCUGACAGAGAAGGCAAAUGUCCACCAUGGUCAUCGGUUGGCUCUGGCUCACAUGCCUCUGUUGUUGGUUUGCUUGGAGAGCCUAGGUAGACUGGCAAGCAAGUUUCCUAUUAUUGCGGGGACAUGUAUCCACUACCUUCAAGACUUCCUUGUGAGUCCAUCACCCAUACUUCUAAAGCUUUAUCGCCAGCAAUCAGACCUUCUUACUCCUCACCAAGGCAGUCUAUCUGUCAAAGUUAGUGGAGACCCUAGCAGUCGUCCAGCUUCAGCAUCAGCAACAGCAUUUGAAAAACUGCGAGAUACUGCUAUUGAAAAUCUUUGUGUAGCAUUGAAGGCUGGACUUACAGUUGAUGCCAACACUGUGAUGGCCUUCAUAUCAUCCAUCUCUAGUAGAGAAAAGGCUGGUUGUGAUCGUCUUCCUGAAAGUGAUACUGUUGUAAUUUCCAACAAUGUGAUUGUUGCUCUGGGUCAUGUGGCUGUGGCCUUGAAGGAUUCACCCCGAACCACAGAAACUAUUCUGCACCAGUGUCUCCUGCAACGUUUCUGCCGACCCCCUUCCUCCCUUGACACCCUUAUUGUGGACCAAAUGGGCUGCAUGCUUCUUGCUAAGAAUGAGCCUAAAGUGUAUGAUGAGAUAAUGGAGCAGUUCAGUAAAAUCAUCAUAGAAGCUAGCAGUGGAACAUAUGGCACAGGUGCAGUCCAAGAUCAACGGAUGAAGCAGUAUAGACAUGUAGCUACUGCAGUACAUAAUGCUCUAGCAAACAUUGCUGCCAACAUUCAAGGUGAAGCUGAAAUGGACAAGCUCCUCAUGCGCCUUCUGGAAUUAUUUGUCAAGCUUGGAUUGGCUGCAAAACAAAAUUCAGAAAAGCAUCCUGCAGUUCUAAAGGCAUCAAGCAGUGCUGGAAAUCUAGGUGUGUUGAUCCCUGUCAUUGCCAUGUUGGUGCGACGCCUGCCUCCUAUCAAAGAACCAAAGCUGCGCAUCCUGAAGCUGUACAGAGACUUUUGGCUAUUCUCUAUUGUAAUGGGAUUUACUCAGCAGGAGUCAGGAUUGUGGCCCCCUGACUGGCACCUUGCUGUAUGUGACAUAGCAGUCACGUCACCUCUACUGUUGUCUCAAACAAAACAUCGCUCAGAAAUGAAAGAGCUGAAGUACACAUAUGCAGUGCGGGAUGACUCUGUAUCAGUCAGUGAAUUAAAUGAAUUAAGGCAACAGAUUCUAAGUCUCUUGGAACAUCCUGCUGAUCUUACUCAAGUUGUCAACAAGUUGACUUUUGCACAGUGCAUCUUUGUUUUGUCAGUAUAUCGUGUGGAAGCCUUAAGAGUGAGAGGAUCACCAGAGCUCAACUUUCAGCCUAUGUUUGAAUACUUGUUGGAUCCUGCCAUUCAAAAUGACAAGUAUGACAUGUGGAUGUGCAUUAAUAGAGUGAGUGAAAAAGUCUUCAGCAUCUUCCUAGAGCAAGUCAGUCAGCGUCCCAGGGAUGAGCACCGAGAGAAGCUCCUAGUUCUGCAUGCUCAGUUUCUCUUGACUCAUUUUAACCACACCCAGGUGCAGAUUCGACGUGUGGCUGAUAAGCUGCUGUCCAAGCUUGUUGAUAGGUUUCCUUUACUACUUUGGAAUGGGAGUGUCUUGCGAACCCUCUUGGACAUCCUUCAGGUGCUGGGCUACUCACUACAGCUAGACCCCAAUGAUGCCAAUCCAACCAUUCCUAUUCCAGACACUCCCUUCAGCAUCACCCUUAUGGACACUUUGGAGGCCAGAGAGCGCACUGUGAGUGACUUUGCAGCCAGAUGUCAAGGAUUCCUCCAGGAAGCCAUGAAGUGGGCUCCUGAGGCAACACGAUCCCAUCUACAGAACUACCAAACUCAUCUUGAUCAGACCAAUCUUUCAUCUCACUCUGGACUGGCUCUUGCAACGGAAUCCGUGCUUCAGUAUGCAGGCCUUAAAUCAAGUGCUCCUGGAAGUUUUACUUCUACUUUUGACAAACGUCACACAGGGAUGAGUGACCUUACAUCAUUGUUCAUGAAGAAUCUCAGUCUGCGCACUCAUUACCAGGGAGAGAUUUCAGGUCUAUUACUCAUGGCAUCUGAUGACACACAAAAAGAAAGGCUCAUUGCCAAGCUGCUUGGAGACAUUAAAGCUGCUUGUGAAAAGAAGAAUGAAGUGGAAUUUAGACAGGGACUUUGGAGAGCUACUGGGCUUCUGAUUGCUGAUGAAGGUCUCCCUCGAAUGUUGCUGCGUUGUGUUUGUGCCUCCUGUUUGAACCUCUUCACGGAAGACGCCAUGGAGAAUAGCACAGCAUGCUGGCAGUGGAUCCUCUCAGCACGGCAUGAUCUCACACUACCUUUCAUGCAGGAAAUGAUAGCUGCCUGGCAGGAGAGCGUUAACCGACGGCUAGGACUAUUUUCAAGGCCACCUGAAGAAGUUAAUCCUCUGGCAGCAUAUGAAGGCUGUAAUCUGGAGCCACAUGUACCACAAGUUGGGGCUCAUGACAUUUGGAUCAGGUUCAUCAGUGAGCGGAUAGAAAUUGCCAAAUAUGACAGUGAUGCACAGGUGGCCAUGUUCGCAUGUAUGUUUCAUCGAACGCUGCACAUGACAGUGGGAAAUCCAGAUGCCAAAAUUAGCAGACACAUCGGCGCAGUAGGCACUCGGUUCCGUCUCCUCUCCUGUGCCCUCACCCUCAUCCAAGGUGAUGCCCUUCCAAAAUCAUUAAGCAAGAAUGUAUUGCGUGAGCGUAUUUAUGGUGCCUGCUUGGACUACUUUUGUGCCCCUAGAGGAUGCCCCACGCAGCGCACAGCUCGCCUGCAAGAAGAUUUCAAUGUUCUUUUGAACUUUUGGAAUUCUCUCCAUGCCGAUAAGAAGUAUCUUAAAGCUAGUGAUAUUGGAGAUUUUUCAUCCUUACAAUAUGGUGGAGGAGCUUCAUUGUCACCUUCUGUUGCAUCAGAUCUCAGAUCUACUUCAGGUGAAUUUACCAUGACUAAUGGCUGGAUCAACACUGUUCCACUCUCUUCCAAUGCCUCCACCCUCUCCAAGAAGUCCACACGCAGCAAACGUCUCAUCAACCCAGAUAUUUAUGUCAAAGAUUACUUGAAGAAACGAGCCCUUAUACUAUCCUUGCUGGCCAUUGAGAUUAGAACCAUGAAGGUUUGGCUACAACCACCUCAGGCAGCAGGGCAAGGUGCAGAGGUGACUACUCCUCAGGAAGAAGCUCUUGUUAAAUGGCUGUCUGUCAGCUUUAACAGUCCUAAAUCCUGGACUGGAAAUACUAAUCUAGCAUGGAGCAUUUCACCAUCUUUGGCAGUAUUUUUGCCCUCAAGGAUCCACAAUGUUCAGGGGUUGGAGGGUGAAAUUAGCCAUCUGGUUCGGGACAAUCCUAUCGCUGUCAGCCACAUUCCAGAUGCUCUUCAGUAUUUAGCAACUUCAGAAAAUAUAUAUGCUGAUAUACCAGAGCUAAACUACAUGCUGACCUGGGCAGCAGUUCCGCCAGUGAAGGCAUUGGCCUAUUUUUCUCGACAAUACUCUCCUCAUCCCCUUACUGCCCAGUAUGCUGUGCGGGUCCUCACUAACUACCCUCCAGAUACACUUCUAUUUUAUAUUCCACAACUCACUCAAGCUCUUCGUUAUGACACGAUGGGUUAUGUUACUGAGUUGAUUAAGUUGGCUGGUAAGAAGUCACAACUGCUACUCCACCAGUUGAUAUGGAAUAUGGAAACCAACAAAUUCAGAGAUGAGGAAGGUCAUGAAAAAGAUGUGGACUUGUAUGAUGGAAUUGAGAAUCUUGAGAAAACGAUGCUUGCAAACCUCUCGGGCCCAGCCAAGCAGUUUUACGAAAGAGAGUUUGAUUUCUUUGGGAAAGUUACUAAUAUUUCUGCUAUCAUCAAGCCAUACCCUAAAGGGCCAGAAAGAAAGAAGGCAUGUUUGGAUGCUCUUCAAGACCUUGUUGUACCACCUGGUUGCUACCUGCCAUCCAACCCUGAUUCCAUCAUUUUGGACAUUGAUCGCAAAAGUGGCACCCCCAUGCAAAGUGCUGCAAAAGCUCCGUACCUGGCUCGUUUUAAAGUGCAGCGCUGUGGCAUCAUGGAACUGGAGAAACAAGGAAUGGCUGUGAGUUCAGGCCAAGAUGUAAGCACCAACAUAGGACCAGUGAUAUGGCAAGCAGCUAUAUUCAAGGUGGGAGAUGAUGUGCGCCAGGAUAUGCUUGCCCUGCAAGUCAUCUCUCUCUUCAAAAACAUCUUCCAGACUGUUGGAUUGGACCUCUUCUUGUUUCCAUACUGUGUGGUUGCUACCUCUCCAGGGUGUGGUGUCAUAGAAUGUGUUCCCAAUGCCAAGUCUCGGGACCAAAUUGGACGGGGCACAGACACAGGCAUGUGUCAAUACUUCCUUGACCUGUAUGGAGAUGAAAAUUCACCAAAGUUUCAGCAAGCUCGUUCCAACUUUGUGAAGUCAAUGGCCGCAUACUCUCUGGUGGGAUUCCUCUUGCAAAUCAAGGAUAGACAUAAUGGAAAUAUUAUGUUGGACACUGAUGGACACAUAAUUCACAUUGAUUUUGGAUUUAUGUUUGAAAGUUCACCUGGAGGCAACUUGGGCUUUGAGCCAGAUAUCAAGCUGACAGAAGAAAUGCUGAUGGUGAUGGGGGGGAAAGUUGAAGCUGCCCCUUUUAGGUGGUUUGUGGAACUUUGCAUCAAAGGCUAUUUGGCUGUCAGACCGUACCGAGAAGCCAUUGUGUCCCUUGUAUCCCUGAUGCUGGAUACUGGACUGCCCUGUUUCCGAGGUCAGACUAUCAGGCAGCUGCGCUCUCGUUUCACCCCGCAGUCCACUGAGAAGGAGGCUGCACAGUAUAUGUUAAACAUCAUUCAACAUUCGCAUCUCAACUGGCGCACCAAAGCAUAUGACCGUCUGCAGUACCAUACUAACCAGAUUCCCUAUUAAACCACCUAUUUGUCAUCUAUGGUUACAGUAUUAUUUGGCCUUAUAGUAACCUAAUAAUUUAUUAUGCUCCUCCAACUUAGCUAGUCAAAAUAUCCUUAAAAUAUGGGUUUUUUUUUUUCUUCUGAAUUCAGUUAUAUGCAUCAUAACCAUUCUAGUAUGGAGGAUUUAAUCAGUAGUGUUACAUGUUUUGAAAUGGUUUGGGCUUCAGUUUUAUGAAUUUUAAAUUGAUAGGUAGAGAAUUUUGCAAUUUGCUAUCACUGACUGCUUUGCAAGAUAUUGUUUAUCUUCAUGAAUACAGUGAUUCAUCAGUGUCAUCAUAUCACUGUUAAUAACCUGGCACUGUGGGACUGUGGUACACUAUGUGAAAGGGAAUCAGUAAUGAUAAUUUGAUAGCUUUGGAAUUAGGUUUGAAAAAAACUAAACAUCAUUGAGGUUAACUUGAAUGUCAUAAUUUUAGCCAGAUUUGAGCUUAAAGUUGGAAGUGUUACAUCAGUUAUAACCACUUUAUCAUGCCAAAACAUUACACAGCAGGAGAGUCAGAUGUGCCAAAUGUAUUAUUGAUAAUACAAAAUAUAUAAGUGUUAGUAAGCUUUGUUUCAAAGCACUAAGAGAAUUACAAGGAAAGGAUUGUACAUUCAGCUGUUGUCAACUAAUUUUGUGACUCCUAAAUGCCCAUGAAUCAUGUUUAAAGUGGUAACAGUUCACUGUAAUUCCCUUAUGACUACUUUAGAUAUAUUUAUUAUUAUAACAAAACCAGAUGUCAUUCAUUUAUCAUAUAGUUAUCAAUUACCAGUGUGUGUAUGUACCUAGUUAUGAUGAACAAGAAAUAAAUUACACUCAUGAAGUCCCAUCUCCAUGUCUUGAUGGGUCAAAAUUAGCUUUAAAUUAAUUUAAGGUUUGAACUGAAUGACCCCCUUGUCCAGGCAUUCCACAGUUCAAUGGAUCAAUAUGAAAAACUGUAUCUCUUUAUAUCCUACAAGCAAGUUCUCUUUGAUUUCUUUCCAUAUCUUCUUGUUGCUCCUCCAUCCCAUUCAAUAAGAUCCUUAUCAGUUUUGUCUACUUCCAUCAUUGCUUUAAACACUGCAAGGAUGGCAAGGAUGACUCACUGGGUCAUCAUGCUGGUCAUUGCUAUAUUUAACAGUAUAUUUCCCCUUGUGUCUUCUCUUCUUCAUGUGUCCCACUCUUCUUAGUGCACUCCUUUACAAUUAAAGUCACCCACCAAGAUUAUGUUGCCCCCCCCCCUUUUUUUUAAAGGUGUUUAGUCAUGUCGGACACCAUCUAGUAUUUGGUUGCAUUCCAUGCCCUCGACUUUUUUUUAUAUAUUUUAACUAUAGAUUUUUAGCAGUAUUUUCAUGUGUAUGUUUCUAUAUAAUGAUAUUUAUUUUCAUUUUGUAAAAUUAUCACUGGCUAGUCUUGCAAGAAAGUUUUCAAACAAACUAGUUUUGGUCACUAUUAAUCAUCCAGUACUUAUGAGCAUAUGGCAUUUUUAACUGAAUGAGUGUAGCAUCCAUAUCAAACUGUCUAUUUCUCUGUGUGUUUUCCCAUCAAAACUCAACUUUCCAGCCUCCAUCAUGACUGCCAGGGGACUAAUUCAUGAGAUAGGGAGAAGGGGUUGAUGGGUGAUGACCCACUUUGGGAAGCAGUCGUAGGCAUAUGUGGGUGAAUGUCGCACGCUCAUGAAUGGCAUAAUUCGGGGUGUCAAAGCUUAUGGGUCAAUAAUCCUCCGGAACAAAUAUUAGAAUCUUCAAAUAUAUUCCUUUUAUUAUCUAUGUUCAUGAGACUGUGCCACUAAAUUAUGACCUGAUCAGGAAUACUUCAUUUAGUAACAUGUGUCUGCUGAAUCAUGAGUUACCUAUGGAGUAUAUAAUUAUGUUUUAAAUAGCAACACAUUGUUAGAAAGAAUCAAGGUCUGUUGCCAGCAUAGUGUCUAAAUGUCAACUAAGGCAAAAUGGACAUUAGAAAGCAGAUGUUGAUUCUUUUCAUCAAGUUGUAUUCAUGAGUGUUAACUCCUCAAGGCUCAUGGCUGGAGCGGUUUGGUUAAUUCUCUUGAAAAGGGUUUAGAAUGAUACCAGUGCCUAUGUGAAGGGUUCCUCUGGGGAAUCUUGAGAAAUUUUGUUAAUAAUAAUAAUAGUUAUAUUUCGUGCAGUGGCAUAUAUAAAAAACAGGACAAGUAAACGAACGACAUCAACAGGCAAACAGCACUCCCCUGAGGCUGUGCUUCCAAUUGAUGAUAAUGAUAAAGUGCAUUUUACUGUCUAUUGUUCUCCAAGUACGUAUUACUGUUUCAUACAAAUACAAUACUUUAUAUAAAGAAUAUAACUAUAGUUAGCUUUGUUCAAUUACUCUUUGUGGUUGGUUUAUUUGUAUAAAAAUCUUAGAAACUAAGGUGAAAUUUUGAAAUUAGAAAACAAUAAUACUUAUUUAAUUCUAAUUGAAGAGAUUUGUAAAUCAAGUAAAUAAUAUGUCAAGAUAUCAUAUCAGUGAAUGAUAUAUCACAUAACUAUAGCAAUUUUCUUCAUAGUAAGGAACAUAUUUAUAUUGUCAAUCUAACUACAUAGAUGUUUUUAGUAUUGUGUGAACCUCUUAACAAAUUUAUUAUGCUUAAAUUUAAUAGAAACAGAGGGAUGUGGGGUCUUCAGGGGACUUGUAGGAUCAGUUUGUUUCUUCCCUGGAGCACCUAGGGUGAUUAUAUUAUUACAAUCUGUUAGAUAUAUUGUCCCAAUAGUAUCAUGAGUCAUAUGCCAUUGGGGGACUAGAACAACCAAUACAUGAUAUAUAUAUUUCUUUGUUUUUAUUUAAUUAAUAGUGGAUUGAAGCAGCUUAGCUCUGGAAUUAAUGUUAUUUAUAUAGUUACAUUCCUUUGUCACUGUGCUGCAUACACUUGACUGGUUACAGUAGUUUUAUAUAUAUAUAUAUAUAUAUAUAUAUAUAUAUAUAUAUAUAUAUAUAUAUAUAUAUAUAUAUAUAUAUAUCUAUAUAUAUAUAAUUGAUUAUGCAUAUUUAUAAAGUUGUAGAUGUUUCUUAACUUGUAUCAUUUACCAUAGUUUAAACAUUCCUAACCUAUCAUAGGUGUGGCUUUUACAGGCAUCAAAGUCAUUAUCUCCAUUAGAUAAGUAACUAUUUUGAGAGAAAGUUUAAUAUUCAUACAUUACUUUUUUUAUAUUCCUGACUUGCUAUGCCCAACCUGAUAUAGAUAGCAUUAAAAGUUCCUAGUCCACCCACCAAAUAAUAUGAAUAAUGUAAUAUUUUUUUUAUUAUAGAGAUUUAUCUAUAAAGUAAAGUGUAGAGGUUGAAGCCUGUGUGCUGCUACCAUUCUUCAAUAAAGUUGUCUAGCUCA